AUGCCAUCCAAGCAAGCUCUUCCAGAAAUCGUCGACUUGACCUCCGACAACGAGGACGAGAUCAAUAUUCCCUCCCAGUCACCCCACCCAACGCGUGUGAAUGCGACUGCGAAGGCCAGCGCCAAUACCCGUGUCACCGGAGGUACCGUCAUAAGCCAGACUGCCAAAAUGGACUUUGACGACACCAGAAGUUGCGGCAGCCGUACAGAAUGCGGCAGUCAGAGCGGAGAGGACGACGUACAUGACGUAUCGACCUCAACGCCCUUCCAGAAGGCCUCACAAGCCCAAGUCACACCCACACGAGGAAUCAAGUCCGUUGACCGGGGCAAAGGCAAAGGCAAAGGUAAAGAGCGCGAACAAGAAAUCACCACCGUCGACUUGUCAUAUUUGGACUCAGACGAUGAAAUAUCCAACUCGGAGUCGGGGUUCAAGUACGACCUUGACGAUUAUAGCGGUGAUUGGAGCGGAGACGAGGCUUUGAGGAGAGCAAUUGCACUGUCUCUUCAGGAUCAACGGACGACGAAUGACAUCAAUGGUGGCUCAGGCUCAGGGAAAGGUAAAGAAAGCAGUCAAGACGGAGAAAAAGACGACGAGGUCAACGGGGGAAAAUGCACAGAAACUGCAAAGGUGAAAGAGAAAGAAUUGAUUCAGAGAGAAAUGCCUCAAUCCUCGAAUUUGGGGGACAACGAUGACGCCAAAACCAUGUCUCCUUCUCCGCAAGCAUCUUCGAAUCCCAAGCAACUUCCGGCCUUGUCCUCAUCCGCCGACUCUAAGUUGGUGCCGAACCCGGGAUCAGUGGAUGCCAGUACAUUGAACGUGCCGUCCACAUUUAGUCUCGCGAGCCUGAAUCGCAAACAAAUGGAAGCGGAUCGUCUUGAUCGUCUGGCGCAGUUGAAGCGGAAGCGCGAUGACGAGGAUGAGCAACGCGGCAAAGUAGCACGUGUGCGGCAGGCCGAAACAUUGACCGAGGUGACGGUACUGCCAUCGAUGGUUCGGCAAGCGAAAAAGCCGAUGGUCUCGCUGGCUCGUCAUAUCUCGACGUCGGCAGGAGGAUCCGAUGCCAACGGGUCGUCUGAGAAGAUUGGUGGUACGACUCAAAGCAAAGGUGUUGGGCUCAAGGACCGAGCGAUGGAAACAUCCACCACGAAAAUUAUCGCACCCAAUAAGUAUCCCGACGGCAUGGUUUUCAAAACCUAUGUCGCUGGAUAUCCUACCACGAACACCAUUGACUUCACUACCCUCAUCUCCCCGGCCUCAUCGCUGGCAUCUUGUCUGUUGUCCUCCUUCAUCUGGGACUUCGACUGGCUUCUCCCGCAUUUCGAGACGCGGCGCACCAAGUUCCAGCUCGUGGUACACGCAAAGACCCACCUCGACCGACACGCCGUGACGAAUGAUUUCAAAGGCAUACCGAAUGUCAGGCUGUGUUUCCCGUCCAUGGACGCGAAUGUCAACUGCAUGCACAGCAAGUUAAUGUUAUUAUUUUUCAAAGAGGAAGACUCCGGCAAGAGCAGCAGCGCCACCUGGCAAGGAGAAAGAUGUCGUAUUGUCGUCCCUACUGCCAAUCUUGUUGGCUUCGACUGGGGCGUUGGCGGCUUCAUGGAGAAUACGGUCUGGUUGAUUGACCUGCCUGCAAAGUCGGGCACAACGUCCGCCAGCCUCAGUGACCGCUCGAAAGGCGCCGAAACGCAAUUUCAGAAGUCUUUGAGGGCGUUCCUCAAGGCCCAGACCGUCCCGGACGACGUGAUCAGAAAUCUAGGUCAUUUCGACUUCAGCAGGACGGCCCGGAUAGGCUUUGUGCACACCAUCGGGGGAAUGCAUGUCGGGGAGGCCUGGAAGGAAACCGGGCUCGGCGGCCUGGGUCGAACCAUUUCUGAACUGGGACUUGCGGCUGGCGGAUCUAUUCAGCUGGAUUAUGUGACAUCCUCUACCGGGAACCUGAACGACGAAUUCAUGACCUCCAUGUAUCUCGCUGCGCAGGGAGACGACAGCCUGACCGAGUACUCGACACGCACGGCCCAAAAAGAAGCGCAAACUAGACAGGUUCGCCGAACAUGGGAGGACUGGAGAAAUAAGUUCCGGAUCUACUUUCCCAGCGACAAGACCGUCAGGGAAUCGAAGGGGGGGAUUCAGAAUGCGGGGACCAUCUGCUCCUCGGCCAGAUGGUGGCAGAGUGGGAAGUUUCCGACCUCAUGCAUGCGAGAUUGCGUUAGCGUUCGCGAGGGUUUGCUCAUGCACAACAAGAUCAUGUUUGCUAGAUUUGCAUGGUCGGUCGAGUCCUGUCAGUCAGUAAGGAUUGGAUGGGCGUAUGUGGGUAGUGCGAACAUGUCCGAGAGUGCUUGGGGUCGACUCGUUCAAGACAGAUCGACCAAAGAGCCGCGGCUGAAUUGUCGCAAUUGGGAAUGUGGAGUGAUCAUUCCAGUAGACUCUCGCAGUCCCAACAUCAGGGCGCCCAACGGCACCGAUGCCGGAAAUCUUGCCAUGUUUGAUCACCUGGUGCCGGUCCCGAUGAAGUAUCCCGCAGAGACCUUCGAAGGUAAGAAACCGUGGACCACAUUCACCUGA